CGUCGACUUCCCGCGACACGCUGAGGCGCCAUAUGCUCUCUUAUUUACCUCGGUGUAGUCGGAGUACCCCAGGACCCCACCACAGUAUUGGGACUUACUGGUGUACAAACGCUCCGUGUGUUAUGAUAUACUUAUUAUAGGUAUAUAUACUUAUAUUAUAACACAGUUUGGUUCGGUCACUUAAUUCCGACAAGCGGCGCUCUCGUGUCGGGCUUUGUACCCCUGUUCCUCACCCCCCUCAGAUCGACUCUGUUACCGAGAGACCGGAGGACCCUGCAGCCGCAACCGGACUUUGUUACCGCCGGAGACCAGAGGAAUCCGCGGCCACAGCCCGCCACCAUGCCUCAUUACCUGGAAGACCCCUCGGUCCUCACCAAGGAGAAGCUGAAGAACGAGCUGCUUAUCAACAACGUGGAGCUGCCUGUCUCCAGCGCCCCGAAGGACGUGUACGUCCAGCUGUACCUGAAGCACCUCACGGUGCAGAACACGAGGAGCGGGGGGGCACUGGACGGGGGAACCACCCUGGACGGCUUUUCCAGCGACGAGGACCUGCCCCCGCCCGUGGUCGUGAGCCGCUCCUCCGGACGGAAGGCCAUCCGGAAGACAGACAAGGUCCAAAUGGAGGACCUGGAUGUGGCGGAGCUGACGGCUGAGGGCCUGAAGGAGGAGCUGAUGAAGUACGGCGUGGACGCGGGGCCCAUCGUGGCGUCGACCCGUCGUGUUUACGAGAAGAAGCUGCAGAGACUGCAGGAAGAGAACAUCUCUCCGGCAACGCCUGAACUCCCGGCCAUCGUCAUGGAGACAGAGGUCCACCACAACGGACACGCUGACCUGGACUUCAGCGACAAGGAGGACGAGGAGGUCCUGGUGGUCCCCGUUCCUGAACCAGAGGUGAUCCCGGAGCCGGAGCCGCUCCCCGAGCCCAUCCCCAUCGUGGAGAGACUGGUCCGCAGCCGGGGGAAGAUCCCCGUCACCACCAGGACACGGAGCAGCCAGCACCACAAGGUGGAGAAGGUGGUGGUUGCAGAACAGACCCAGGGAGCCGAAGUGAGGGACAUCCUGAAGGAAGUAUUUGCCAACGAUUUCAACAGUCCUUUUGGAAUCCUCGCCUCUUGUCGAAAGCCCAUCCGCGGUGCGGCCGGACGCCCCAUCCAGCCCAGCGACUUCUGGCAGGACGAGAACCUGCUGCUCUCCCCGAAGAACCUCUCUACCACUACCACCACCACCACCAGCUUCUCAGAGACCCGCCACAGAUCCUCCAACCUGUUCCCCUCCACCCACUCCUCUUCCUCCUCUUCCUCCUCAUCCUCCUCCGCCCCCGCAGCCCCCAGACUGGUCCUCGCAGCACCCCCUGCUGGCCACGCCCCCGCAGCGCGCCGCGGCCUCUCCGUCUGGCUGAAGCUCUUCCUCCUGGUUCUGCUGGUGGCCUUCCUCUUCUUCGUCUACCAGACCAUGGAGGCCGAAGUCUUGAGUCCUUUCAGCCGCUCGGAGGCGGAGCCGACCGGAACCACAGAGGGCGUGGCUUAGAACACCCAGAAAAAGGCUCCAAAAAAUGUGUGUGGGGGGGGGGGAAUACAGUUCGCUUUAUUUUUGUUUGUGAAUCAGUCAACUAUCUAAGUCUAUAUUCCAGUGUUUUUCCAGCCUACUCAGUCUUGAGGAUGUAAACAUAAAGGCUAGCGUGCCACUAGCUUCGUGGUGUGAGUAAAUGAACACAACGUGACUCUGGUCUCCGGACCUCGAUCCAACAAGGCCGCCGUUUCCCAAUUCACGCUUUUUCCUAAGUGUCGCUUUGUUUGUGUGUUUGUUUUGAUAUGGGGAUGAGUGUUUUAUCUUCAUGUGUCGAUUUUCUGUUGCUAUUAUAUCCUGCUUCAACAGAAUUUGAAUUGUUUGUUUUAUGCAAUAGGGAGAAUUAACAUUUCCCAAUGCAUAUCUUUGAAUUGUAUUUCUUUAACUAAUAUGAUAUUCUCAUUUAUUUUGAAAAUGUAUGAUUUCGUUCCCGUUUAUUUCUUUUUUGAAUUAUGUAAACUCAACAUACAAAUUAUGAAAUGGCUACAAAUAAACGUUAUUGGAUUAACAUG